AUGACAAUUCCUAAAAACGAAUAUGAUUUCGUCAUUGUUGGGGGAGGAACGUCUGGCCUCGUUGUCGCUGCGCGUUUAUCGGAAGACCCCACUGUCCGAGUAUGUGUGGUCGAAGCUGGGACGUCGCGAUUAGGCGAUCCAAAUGUGGAUAUGCCCACGGGUGUCGGAAAGAUGUUGAAUAAUCCAGAAUACGAUUGGGCCUUUCAAAGUGUACCACAAAAAGCUGCAGGAAACCGAAUCUUUCAUCUCCCGCGGGGGAAAAUGCUCGGUGGCAGCAGCGGAAUCAAUUUCAUGACUUAUACGCGACCCUGUGCUCAGGACCUCGAUGACUGGGCGACGGAGUUGGGACUUGAAGGCUGGUCAUUUGAGGAGCUCUUGCCGUACUUCCAACGUCACCAACAUCUUGAAAAAGACCUCAAGAAUAUUGCAGAGCGCGACGCCACUGUUUCCCCACUAGAUAUGAGCCUUCAUGGACUCGAUGGGCCGAUUCACACGUCUCUACCGAUCUGGCAUGUCCCAUUUGAGGAGCCUCUUCUUCAUGCGCUCGAUCAAGAGUCUGGCCUCCUACGACCCGACGAACCGAAUAAGGGCGAACACCUGGGGUUCUACCGGUCAUUCCUCUCUAUUGACCGGACGGCGAAGCCAGUUCGAAGUUAUGCAGCAAAUGGAUACCUGGUUCCCAUCAUGGACAGGCCUAACCUGCAAGUAAUCAUGGAUGCCAUCGCGGCUAGGGUGAUUAUGGAGCAGGAUGCCGGCGGCUCCCUCUUGGCUCGCGGCGUCGAGCUGAUACACGACGGAAUCACACAAAAUAUUAUUGCCAAAAAAGAGGUCAUUCUCAGUGCUGGGACUUUCAAGAGCCCUCAGAUUCUCGAGUUAUCCGGAAUUGGACAUCCAGACGUGUUGGAGGAAGCCCAAAUUCCGUGCCUCCUGGCCAACCCUCAUGUGGGAAACAACCUCCAGGAGAAGACCAUGUCCGCUGUUGUGUACGAGUUAGGCCCCGGGCAAACCUCCGUGGACUCGGUAUUCCUUGAUCCAAAUUUCGCCAAGGAACAGUUCCGUCUCUAUCAGGAGGAGCAUACCGGUGCCAUGUCCGGAGCGGCUAGUCUGAUGGGCUUCCUACCAUUUAACUCCCAGGUCAACGCUCCCGAGUUGAAUGAGACUUUGGCCAUGAUCACCAUGGAACCUGUCUUGCCUUCCCAGGAUGCUGAAUUCCAGGAAAAGCAGUACAAUGCCAUUGCCGCCCGCAUGCGCCUGGCUUCGUCGGCCGAUAUUCAGUUGGUGGGCUCACCUGCAAACUUCAACAUUAAGACGGGCUUUGAGAACUGUGCCAAGUUGGUGUCGGGGCCUCCUGGAGAUACACCAUGCUACGCCCUCAUUGUCAGCAAUAUGUACCCUCUUUCUCGUGGCAGCGUCCACGUGCGAUCUUCAGAUGCGCUGGAAGCACCGAGUGUUGACCCUGGAUUCCACUCUCACCCAGUGGACGCACACGUUCUGGCAGCUGGCGUCCGUUUCGCGGAUCGCGUGUUCAAGUCGGCACCACUCAAGGGGAAAGUGGGCAAGCGGGUGGAUCCACCAUCAGAUGUUGAUCUCGAUGAUGAGAUUGUGGCACGGCAAUUCGUCCGCGAUCGGAUUGUGAGUUAUCACCACGCGAUGGGGACAUGCUCCAUGGGCCAUGUCGUGGAUGAACGGCUCCGGGUUAAGGGCGUCAAAGGGCUACGGAUUGUUGACGCGAGCGUACUUCCGAUGCAAAUCAGUGCUGCCAUCAUGCCGACCGUCUAUGCUGCAGCAGAGAAGGGAGCAGAUAUGAUCAAGGAAGACCAUUUCGUCGACACAAAGCUUCCUGUAUAA